AUGCACAUUUCUAAUAAUGCUGGCCGGGAAGUAAUCACAGUUAUUAGACCCCUGAGAUGCAUUACUUGCUGCUUUCCCUGCUAUUUACAAGAGCUGGAAGUACAAGUUCCUCCAGGUACAACUGUUGGCUACAUUGUCCAGAAAUGGGAUCCGCUCCUGCCUAAGUUCACAAUUCAGAAUGAGAGCAAAGAAGAUGUGCUGAUGAUUAUUGGUCCAUAUUUAACAUUCAGCUGCUUAGGUGAUGUGGAUUUUGAGGUAUGA